AUGGCAACCUACUCCAUCCCUGAAGAGUUCACCUCUGAACUCGAACUCGUUGACACGCCCGAUACCCGCUCCACCAAGGACAUCCUUGCUGAGCUCAAUCAGUAUAAGCCUGUCACUUCCGAGAAGAACGUCUGGGCUUUUUGGCAUGCCGGUCUCGAUGCUAUGCCCUCUUGGUGCCAGCGCAACGUCGCCGAUUGGGUUCGCAUUUGUGGUCCUUCAUGGACUGUUCGCGUCCUUGACGUCGUACCCGACUCGCCAAAUCACGCCUUGAAGUUUGCCAGUCAGGACUUGUUGCCCGACACCUUUGUGAAAGGGACCAUGGACGGACCUUAUGUUGGUCCACACUCUAUGGACUUUCUCAGAGGAGCUCUAUUGUUUGGGCAUGGCGGUGUGGCCAUAGAUGUCGGGUGUGUCCUACUACGAAGCAUGGAUCGUGUGUGUUGGGACCUUAUCACGGAUCCUAAAUCGCCGAUUGAAGUAGCUGUGCCUCUCAUGUAUGGACAGACAAUCGCCAAUCACUUCACUGCGUCCCGGAAAGGCAAUCCCUUCAUUGAAAGAUGGCAUAAGCUGUUCUUGCAUCUUUGGGAGGGCCGAAACAACUACGAAGGCAUCAGUGCAAACCCUGCCCUCGCCUUUGUAAGGGACAUUGAUUUCAGCGAAGCCGCAGACUGGCCCUGGGACUUCAAGAUUGGCCCUCAGCAUGUUCUUGAGUACGUUUCGCAGGUCAUGUGCUGGCGCCGUUUGACCAUGCUGGAGGACGCCGGUGAUGGAUUUAAUGGUUCCAAGUACUGGCAGGAGAACAUCCUCGGCAUUGACGCUCGUCAUGAGAACUGGGCUGCAGAGGACGCCGUCGGUUUUGGUUCUGGUGCACGACUGUACGAGUUGUUCAGUCUCCGGGUCGAUUCGGACCCAGAGACGAAAGACUACAAGGAGGCGUAUAACUUGGUGUGGCUGCUGUUGAGAUCAGCCAGCUGGCAGAAGAUCACGCAUGGAAAGGGACUUACGCACGCUGCGGCGCUGGGAACGCUCUGGGAUGAGAAUGAGGGCAAAGAUAGUGCCCCAGGAACCUUUGGUGAAUUGCUGCGAUGGGGUUCUGUGCAUCUCAAGCAGAAGCGAGAUGUCAUCUCCACCAAGCCUACAGUGAAGUCCGCGCUGAUUCUUCAUGAAGGUCUGUAUGGGCCGUCUGAGGCGGGAGCGCAGUAG